UGUGUGCUUCACGACAGUGUCGUAAACUCGGCUGGACACAUUGGCAACUACGUGCUCCAUGGAAACGAGCUCGCCGCAGGAGUUUUGUUUACAGUCUUGGGGAGCCAACAGCUACGGGCAGCUGGGGCAGGGACAUGUAGAGGACCAGUCAGAUCCCCGGCUGUCUAACACCGCUCCUCUGCAGAACAAGGCAGUGCGGGCUGUCAGCGGCGGCGGGGGUCACUCGGUGAUUGUCACCGAGAAUGGAGAGGUAUUUGUGUGCGGACAGAAUGACAGAGGCCAGCUGGGACUUGGCCACAAUGCAGACAUAUCAACUCUUCAGCUCUGCCCCAGCCUGAGUCAGAAGGUCACACAAGUAGCCUGUGGUUGGGAUUUUACUCUUCUCCUCGCUGAAUGUGGUCGAGUACUGGCAUGUGGCUCCAAUGCGUUCGGACAACUUGGUGUUGGUCAAACAGUCACACACUCUGCAGAUCUACAGGUUGUUGAGAGAUUGAGAGAGCCAGUUGUGAGUGUAGCAGCAGGACUCAGACAUUCACUAGCUGUAACACACUCAGGGUGUGUGUAUCAGUGGGGAAGAGGUCUUUUCAGUCACGCUAAGAGAGCACUGAGUCCACGACCUGUUCCAGCACACCUCAGCUCUAUGGUGCCCACUUUGGUACCAGGUCUGGAUCAGAAAACCCCACAAUUGGUAUCCGCAGGAGCAGUGCACUGCAUGUGCCUCACAGGAGAUGGCAAUUUGUUUCUGUGGGGAAGCAACAAGCAUGGCCAGCUGACCGCCACAGAGCCGUUCCUGUCCUCUCCCACUCCUGUGAAGCACUCGCUGCUCGGUGGAGAGAAAGUCAUCCGUGUGUGGAGCGGCUGGACACACAUUGUAGCUCAGACAGAGACUGGGAGAGUGUUCACAUGGGGCAGAGGAGAUUAUGGACAGCUUGGCCGACAAAUCCUGAUGAAGCAGCACCCAGAUCGGCAGUCAGCAGGUCAUUCAGCUGGAGGUGGAAACCAGGAGUCUUGCACCCCUGCAGAGGUUGAAGUGCUCCAUGGAGUGACACACGUUGCAUGUGGAUCUGAACAUAACCUCGCCAUUGUAGAAACAGGUCAACACAGACUUGAGACAGAUUAUUAUUCUCCAUGCAUUGAGUGCAUCAGGAGUACAACAGCAUGCACCGGGUGGUACUGGAAUGGUUUCGGAGUAGAACACUAUAAAAGACUUGAAAAGCUGGCCGGGGGUGUGAUCUUAGGAGUGGCCCUGUGGCUCCGCCAUGACAGUCAAACCAGCAACCUCCUCAUACUUCAGUUUGAAGGCCAGCAGGCACCGGGCACCUUCUAUAUCAGUGUCUACAUACUGAUAGCUGUCGGGGCUGUGAUGAUGCUGGUGGGCUUCCUCGGAUGUUACGGUGCCAUUCAGGAAUCUCAGUGCCUGUUGGGGACAUUCUUCUUCUUCUUGGUGAUCCUCUUCGCCUGCGAAGUGGCUGCAGCGAUCUGGGGUUUCAUGAACAGAGACACAAUCUCGAAAGAACUGAUCAACUUCUACGACUCUGCGUACAUCAAGGCUGUGGACGUCUCGGGAUCCCCCAGUAAAGACGCUGCCAUCAAGGUGCUGGAUGUCUUUCACAACACGCUCGACUGCUGCGGUAAAGGAGAUGACACUGCGCUCUUCAGACAAAUCGCCGGCACCUUGUGUCCCAGAAAGUCUCCAACAGAUUUCUUGACAGGCUCUCAGAGCUGUCACACUAAACUGAUCGAGCUGUUCUCCGAGAAGCUCUACCUGAUUGGACUGGCUGCCUUGGUGGUUGCCGUCAUCAUGAUCUUCGAGAUGAUCUUCACCAUGGUGCUCUGCUGCGGGAUCCGUAACAGCCCCGGGGUGUACUAGGAGUCACAUCCGUCCACAUCAGCCUGUCAUGGAGUUAUUUUAUUAUGUGUUUCUAUGCAUCAGCUCCUCUCCUUUCUGACUAUAACAAGAUGGAUCUCUCUCUCUUUUUAUUUUAGAUUAGAAACUUGUUUUUUUUUUUUUGUUUUUUUUUUAAUAAUGCUAAUCCAUCAAGGCUCGUCUCAGUCAGGUGUUCUUUAUUUAUCGUACAACACUUACAUUUGAAUAUGUUGUGAAAUAUUUCUCUGAAGUCAUUGAAGCUGUUUUUAUGGAUGUAUAAAUUGUACAUAUAUACUUGUCAUAUGUUAAUAACGCUGAGAUGAGUCCACGUAUUCCCUGAUUGUUUGUGAUGAUGUCGCUGCAGUGUCUCAGUGUUAUGAUAUAAUUCAAGCAGCAGGGGUUCAAUGCUGCACUCAGUCUGACUCUAAUGAUGAUGAGUUAGCCUGUGUGUUAUUUUAGCCUCUUCUCUGAGGCCAGUGAACCCUCUUCGUGCUGUCUUUCUCUCCCUUAUUAACUUGUGAAACACUCACCCUUAAAUAAUGACAAAGACAAAUACGUCUUCUUACUCAACCUGUUUUAAUAGUGCUAUCACAUGAUGUCAUUAUUACGUAGGUAUUUCCCAACCAUUUAUGUUGCUUGUGACUCCUUAAGAUGAAGCAAUCUCUCGUUCCAUUUCUAGCAGUUGAGAAGUUGUAGUAGUGAGGGUUUUUUUCAUUCCUCUGAUUAUUUCAUUUGAAUAUUUUUUAGAGGCUUAAAGAGGUAAAAUUAUAGUAUUUUGCUAAAAAAGAAAGAGAGCAAUGAAUAGAGAAAAGUCAGGAAUAAUAAAUUGACCUAAGUGAG